AUCAAUCUGGGCUCCGGGGCUUUCGAGGCCAUCGUGGAGCCGGUCAACGGAAAAUUCAAUGACAACGCCUGGCACGACAUCAAAGUGACACGCAACCUGAGACAGGUCACCAUCUCCGUUGAUGGGAUCCUCACCACCACCGGCUACACCCAGGAAGACUACACCAUGCUGGGCUCUGAUGAUUUCUUCUAUGUGGGUGGGAGCCCCAGCACUGCAGACCUGCCUGGAUCUCCAGUUAGCAACAAUUUCAUGGGCUGUCUCAGAGAGGUGGUGUACAAAAACAACGAUAUCCGCUUGGAGCUGUCCCGCCUCGCCCGCAUCGUGGACCCCAAGAUGAAACUGCAAGGGGAUGUAGUCUUCAAGUGCGAGAAUGUUCCCACCCUCGACCCAAUCAACUUCGAGACCCCGGACUCCUUCCUGGCUUUGCCCAAAUGGAACACCAAACGCGUGGGCUCCAUCUCCUUCGACUUCCGCACAUCUGAACCAAACGGCCUGAUACUCUUCACCCAAGGCAAAGCUCAGGACCGGCGGGAUGCAAAGGGCCAAAAGAACAACAAGGUGGACUUCUUUGCUGUGGAGCUGCUGGAUGGAGGGCUGUUCCUGCUGCUGGACAUGGGUUCCGGUACCAUCAAGGUUAAGGCCACUCAGGCUAAGGUGAAUGACGGGGCCUGGCACCACGUGGACAUCCAGAGGGACGGACGCUCAGGCAUCAUCUCAGUAAACAGCCGCCGGACUCCUUUCACAGCCAGCGGGGAAAACGAGAUCUUGGACCUGGAGGGGGACCUUUAUCUGGGUGGUCUGCCUGACAACCGGGCAGGCCUUGUUCUCCCCACUGAGCUCUGGACUGCCAUGCUCAACUACGGCUACGUGGGCUGCGUGCGGGAUCUGUUCAUCGAUGGACGCAGCAAGGACAUCCGGCAGCUUUCUCAGUCCCAGAAUUCAACAGGCGUCAAGUCCUCUUGCAGUAAGGUGACGGGGAAGCAGUGUGACAGUAGCCCCUGCAAAAACAACGGCGCCUGUAAGGAGGGAUGGAACCGCUUUGUGUGUGACUGCACGGGCACUGGUUUCUGGGAUAGUACCUGUGAGAGAGAGUCAUCCAUCCUGUCCUAUGACGGCAGCAUGUACAUGAAAGUGGUGAUCCCAAAUGUCAUGCACACUGAAGCCGAGGACGUCUCCCUCAGGUUCAAGUCGCAGCGGGCGUUCGGCCUGCUCAUGGCUGCCACAUCACGGGAGUCGGCUGAUACACUGAGGCUGGAGCUGGACAGCGGGAGAGUCAAACUGACGGUCAACCUAGACUGUGUCAGGAUAAACUGUAACACCAGCAAAGGUCCUGAGGUUCUUUAUGCCGGACAAAAGCUCAACGACAAUGAUUGGCACUCAGUGCGAGUGCUCCGCCGUGGUAAAAACUUCAAACUAACCGUGGAUGACGACGUGGCUGAAGGUCAGAUGUUGGGCGACCACACCCGUCUGGAGUUCAACAACGUGGAGACGGGAAUCUUGACAGAGAGACGCUUUGUGUCGUCUGCUCCCUCGUCCUUCAUUGGACAUCUUCAGAGCCUGAAGUUUAACGGUAUGCAGUACAUCGACAUGUGCAAGAACGGGGACAUCGACUUCUGCGAGCUGAACGCCCGCUUCGGCAUGCGAUUCAUCAUCGCUGACCCCGUGACCUUCAAGACCAAAGGCAGCUAUCUGGGCUUGGCUACCUUGCAGGCUUAUACCACAAUGCACCUGUUCUUCCAGUUUAAAACCACCUCGCCGGACGGAUUCCUCAUCUUUAACAGCGGGGACGGGAAUGACUUCAUUGCUGUCGAGCUGGUCAAAGGCUUCAUCCACUACGUGUUCGACCUGGGGAACGGGCCCAGUCUGCUGAAGGGGAACAGUGACAACCCACUGAACGAUAACCAGUGGCACAACGUGGUCAUCACGCGCGACUCUGCAAACACACACACUCUCAAGGUGGAUGCUAAGUCGGUCACACAGAAUGUCAACGGAGCCAAGAACCUCGACCUCAAAGGUGACCUGUUCAUCGGAGGUCUUGGACCCAACAUGUACCAGAACCUCCCUAAGCUGGUGGUCUCUCGGGAGGGUUUCCAAGGCUGUUUGGCCUCAGUGGACCUGAAUGGCCGCCUGCCAGACCUCAUCAACGACGCCCUUUUCCGCAGCGGGCAGAUUGAGCGUGGCUGUGAAGGCCCAAGCACAACCUGCCAAGAGGACUCGUGUGCCAACAUGGGUGUGUGCAUCCAGCAGUGGGAGAACUUCACUUGUGACUGCUCAAUGACGUCCUACACGGGCUCUCACUGCAACGACCCUGGCACCACGUAUAUCUUUGGAAAAGGAGGGGGUCUGAUCAUGUACACAUGGCCCAACAAUGAGAGGCCAAGCACACGGACAGAUCGGCUGGCUGUGGGCUUCAGCACUACAAUCAAAGACGGCAUCCUGGUCCGCAUCGACAGUGCCCCACGUCUGGGUGACUACAUCAUGCUCCAUAUUGAACAAGGAAAAAUAGGGGUGACGUUUAACAUCGGGACAGUGGACAUCAGCGUUAAGGAAAUGACCACAGCAGUAAACGAUGGCAAAUACCAUUUGGUCCGAUUCACCAGAAACGGGGGCAACGCGACUUUACAGGUGGACAACUGGCCAAUCAAUGAACACUUUCCCACAGGCCGGCAGCUGACAAUCUUCAACACCCAGGCCACUAUCUCCAUCGGGGGUAACGACCGGAAGCGGCCCUACCAGGGUCAGCUCUCCGGCCUCUACUACAACGGCCUUAAAGUGCUCAACAUGGCCGCCGAGGGCCAUGUCAACAUUAAGGUGAAUGGGAGCGUGCGGCUGGUAGGAGACGUGCCGGCCAGCAGGGGUGCGGCGCGCACCACCACUUCAGUGCCACCGGAGAUGUCCACCACCUUCAUUGAGACCACCACCACUCUCUCCACCACGACCACCCGCAAACAGCGCUCACCACCAACUAUCCAGACGACGGAUGACAUCGUUUCGUCGGCCGAGUGCUCCAGCGACGAUGAGGACCUGGAAGAGUGCGACUCCGGACAUGCAGGAGGGGAGCUAGUCAUCCCCGUGCUAGUCGAGGACCCCAUAGACAUCCCUUCUGUAUCCACCCGUUCUCCCUUCAUCCCCCUCCCCCCCACCCUCCGCCCCGUCCUCACCAUUAUUGAGACCACCAAAGAGUCCUUGGCCAUGGCCACUGAGGCGGGGGUACCUUGCUUGUCGGACCGAGGCAACGAUGAUUGUGAUGAUGGUGAUGGUGGUGAUGAUGGUGAUGAUGAUGAUGAUGAUGAUGAUGGCAUGGUGAUUUCGGGGUUUGGCUCUGGCGAAGCUUUCGACUCUAGCCUGCCCCCGACUGACGAUGAAGAUUUUUACACCACCUUCUCCCUGGUAACAGAUAAGAUCUUGACCACAUCGGCCUAUGAAGGCGGCUACAAAGCCCUCGCACCCAAGUGGGAGGCCAAGGACUUGAGGCCUAGCAAAGCCUCCGAGGCAGGUAGGACUACACCCACCUCGCCUCUGCCCGACCCCCGGGGCACGCCACAGGCGGCGGUCCCCUCGGACACGCCACCCAAGCUGCCCGCCGGGAAAAUGAACAACCGCGAGGUUAAACCCCCGCAGCCGGACAUAGUCCUGCUGCCACUGCCCACGUCCAUCGAUCUGGACGGCACCAAGCCGCGGGGUCCCUUCAUCACCUCGCCCAUGCUGCGCACGGUGCCCGCCGCCAUGCCCACCGUGCCUGACGUGGUGCGGCGGGUUCCCCCGGGGGCCUCAGAGGUGAUCCGGGAAUCCAGCAGUACCACGGGCAUGGUGGUGGGCAUCGUUUCAGCUGCAGCCCUCUGCAUCCUCAUCCUCCUCUACGCCAUGUACAAGUAUAGGAACAGGGACGAGGGUUCCUACCAAGUGGACGAGACGCGCAACUACAUCAGCAACUCGGCGCAAACCAACGGCGCUGUGGUGAAAGAUAAAACACCCAGUGGCAGCGCCAAAAGCAGCGCUAGUAGCAAGAGACCGAAAGACAAGGACAAGGAAUAUUAUGUAUAGAAAGAGAUCCAAUCAUUUCCCAACACAUAGAAAACAAACUGUUUGGAACAAAGUUAUAAACAUUUUGACAGUACCAUAUUGGCAACUGUGAUUUAAAAAGGAUACAUCUCCUGAGAACUCAUUUGAGUCCUGAAACAUUUACAAAAGAACUUUGGCUUUAGGCAGCACACUUACUAUUGUAAGCAUUAUGGAGAGACAAUGCAGUAGGACUUCAGCGGGACUCAGUGUGGAUCUUUUUCAGGAGUCCCUGCUGGAGACUUUUGGCAGUGUGAAUAACAUCACUGGAACAUCCACACGACCCCAAAGUGACUGUCAUGAGGUGUGUGAUCCUUGGAGUUCUGACAACCUUGUCCAUUGUAACCCUGUAAAAUACGCUCACUGUCAUUUCGGCCAUUCUGAGCAUGCAUGUGAGGUGUAUGUGACGUGGUGCUGGCAUCUGUGUAAGUGAGGGACCUCAAGAAACUAUGAUUGUCGGGGAAAGUUGGAAGUCAAAACAUGAGUUCACAUUUCAAAAGGUUUCAUUAAAUGUAGCUUUCAUGGACGCAAUGUGAGCUAAAGUAUCCGUGUACUUUUAGCUGUCUUUAUUUCUAUUUUUGUUUCUUUGUUUUUUAUGUAUUCAUUUAGCAAGUAAUUUAUUUAUUUAUUGAAAUUAGGUUGGGUUUUUUUAAAGGAUGAUGUUCAGUCAGGGUUGACCAGGCAGUGCUUAGGGACCGCUCAGCAGGAUGCGAUACGGUCAUGUAUCUUCAUAUUUCUCCCCCUCUUCUCAUGUCCCAGCUAACAAUUGGACUGCUAUGCAUGGCAUCCAAAUUCAAGAUGGGUUUUCAAGCGUGCAAAAGUGGCUCCACCAGGCAAAAUGCACAAUCUAUUGUCAUUUCUCUGAAAUUCAAAUCUCUGACAGCAGUUUUCUUUUGUUUCACAUCCUUCUCUGUCCAGUUUUUGUUACAUUUUAUAAGAUGCUGUGGCAAAAAAAAAAAAAAGCAUUAUCACUAUUUGUGUCUGGCAGUUAAAUUGUCUCAAUCUUAAAAAAGAAAAAAAAUCCAGGCUGAACUCACUCCAGUGUGAUGAAGUGUGAUUCUAUGACUGUGUCAAAACAGCAGAUAUGUUUACAUAUUUUAUUACAUCAUAGCCGUUGUGCUUUGCAGGUCGAUAUUGUACAGAAAAACUCCAGUUUCUGUUGAUUUUGUUAAACCCUCUUCUUGUACAGACACAUCAUUUGAUUUUCCUGCUGUAGCAACAUGACAUGAAAAAUCAUUGUUAUUGUUUCGCAGAGACCGCCUGGAGAUAAAAAAUGAUGAUGUGCACAGAAUCGUUUGUUUAGGCGGGGAGCAAAUGUCUUUAGAUUAGACGUCUAGUCUCUCUGGAUGGUGUUUCUCUUCAGUCGCAUGAAUAUUUGACCACAGGAAGCUGUCAGUCAAAUAGAAAACACCUCCCUCUGAUCUUGUAUUAGGGACUCCUCCGUAAUCUGAAAUUACUUUCAUCAUGUCAUUUAUUUUUUUAUUGGAAAUUUAAACAACAGAACCAGAGAAUAAAUACAGAUUAUGAUGGAUUUGGAGAUCAGUUGCUAGCACCUUACUGACUAACAGGUGUUUUUCUUUUUCUUACUUUCUUUUCUUUUUUAUCUGACGUCAAUGUUCUCGUCUGCUCAACUUGUCCUCUGCUUUUUUGUUAUUGUGUAGCUGAUUUCAUGUCUCAUUUUUAUGACAUUCUCUUCCGGCAAUAUGUUGUUUUUUUAUGUCAUUAUUUAUUGCUGAAGUUAUUUGUUCUCAUUCAUUUUUCAUGCAGAAUCAGUCGGUGUGUAUGUUCACUUUGAUUUUUUGUGUUGGUAUUUGGCUUUUUUCAAACCAGUUAAUUAUUAUUGUCUUCUGCUCCUUUGACUCCAAACAAUUCCCAGAAAUAAAAAAUGUUGUUCCCAAA